AUGGGUGACCCCGAAGAUUGGCAUUUCUGGGGUAUUUAUGAUGGGCAUGGCGGAUGGGCGACUUCGGUCCUAUUGCGUCGAACCUUGAUUCCUAGCGUUGUUCACAAGAUCAAGCAGACUCUGAAUGAAGGGAUGACCGGAGGUUCCUCGAGCAUCUAUGAUGCUAUCCAGAGCGCUUUUAUUCAAAUGGACAACAGAAUCUCGAAUGAAGCACUCGAGGCGAUGGACAUGGCAAUGGAUUUGGAGGGAUACACGAAAAUCGCAUUCUCUCGCGCUGCCCCUGCCCGUUCAGGCUCAUGCGCUCUCCUCGCUGUAUAUGAUCCCAACCAAUGUAUGCUGCGUAUAGCUUCUGUUGGGGAUUCUCGCGCAGUUUUAGGCCGUCGCAAGGGGAAAAACAACCGGUUCGCCCUUAUUCUUUCUACGGAUCACAACGGAUUUAACAGAUCCGAGUACGAUCGCAUCAUGAACGAGCAUCCUGGGGAAACAGGAGUCAUCAAUCAAAAUUCAGGCCGCCUCUUCAAUCUGGCAAUGACCCGUGCGUUUGGUGACCACCGCUAUAAGUGGUCUAUGGAUACACUGAACCGUUGCUACGAACGAUUUCUCUGGUCGCCACCUCCUGCGGACUAUCUCUCGCCGCCGUACCUCACGGCAGACCCUGAAAUAACUACUAUGCUAGUCCGGGACGGAGACUUCCUCAUUCUUGCGAGUGACGGAUUUUGGGACAAUGUCUCCAAUGACGAUGCCGUGCAGUUUGUACGCCACUGGAUACAUCGAUACCCAAGCGAACUUCUACCUACGUCCGACGCCGAAGAGGAACGCGGGCUCACGCGCAGCUAUAGGUUCAGCCCCAAGGACUAUGCUGUUGAAGAUGACAAUGUUGCAACACAUCUAGCCAGGAACGCACUCGGUGGGGGAAACUCGGAGAUCUUCGAAACUUUUAUGAGUAUGCGAGCGCCCGAUGCCAAGCUAUAUAGAGAUGAUUUUACGAUUCAGGUUAUUUUCUUUGGCUUUCAUCCUGAGGAUGAGAGGCUUGAAUGA